CAUGCGCACACGGCAUAUACACGAUAACGGCGUUAUCUUGUGCACAUCAGAAGCUGUUGCAUUAUAGAGCUGUAACACUUAUUAAUAUAUUUAAUAAUAUCAGCCAGAGCUCAGCACGUCAAUAAUACAUAACUACCAACACAGCGCAGCUCAGCGACAGAAGUUCCCCCUGUUCUCUGUCGCUUCGAGCCGGUUGCUAGCUCGCUCCGUGCAGGUGUAGGAUCAUGUUUACCUCCCAAACCUCGUCCUUCCAGGAUUCAAUCGACGUGGAAGAGAGAGAUGACUUUGACAGCGAAGACAUUGCAGGAUACAGCCAGAAGAUUCAGCUGAACUGCUACUACACCAUCUAUCUGUAUCAGGGCACAAGAUCUGAGGCUUCUGCGGAAAAUGUGGCAUGGAACCAGAGACGAGCAGACUCCACAACCAGUCAGGAUGACUUUAGCCUGACGCUAAUCGACAGCAGUCUGCCGUCGGAGGCGGAACCUGAGCUGCGGACCUACAUUUCAAGGAGGCUGAGCAAGGGAGCCCUGCUGGGUGGCAUGGGCAACAUCGCCACUGUGGAACUCAGUAUCCCAGAGCAGGCAGUCGGCUGCUACUGCUGUCUCCUGGAGCAGGAAAGGUCUCCUGAGCAGCCUGAUGCUGAUGGAAAUGGAUAUGUCAUCUGCUUUAUGGGCGGCUCUGAAAAAGGACUCAACUUAUUUAGAUUAGAGCUGGAUAAAUACGUUCAAGGCCUGCAUAGCAGCCUGCAAACCCCAGAGCUGCAGAACCUAGAGACGGAGGUGCGUCCCUAUCUGAGCCGGUGGUACGAGGAGUCUGUGAUGCACAUUCAUCGGGUGGUGCAGCUGGUCCAGAGCAACAUCAGCUUCUUGCUGCAUGCUGCUCUGAGUCACACACACGUGGAGGUCAAUAAUUCAGAUGAGAAGACAAAGGCUGAUGUUCACAGGUUCAUCAAAGCAGCCAGUUUGCAGGGCCUGUCCCAACAAGACACUACGACAGCUUCUCUGUGUAAGGCUAUUUCAGAGGACGCACACUCUGACCUGAUCAUAGACUGCUCCACCAGCCCACCCACACUCUCUUACACUGUCAGUAAUCGUUUCUGUGACGACUGGAUUCAGGCAUUUCUAAAUGCUGCAGAGCGUUGUAAUCCUUUCCUGCUCAGACAGAUUCUGGAGAACUUCAAACUUAAGGCCAUCCAGGACAUGAACAGCCUGAAGCGGUUUGUGCGACAGGCAGAGAUGAGUCACUACGCCCUGUUUCGCUGCUGCCAGUUCCUACAGGGCUGCGGAAAUGGGGAUGUGUUGCUGCAGAACGCCAGGGCAGAGCACAGCGAAAUGCCUGAAGCCUGCAGCAUCAUCGCCGUGCUGGAGGAGUUCCUCAGGGAACAAUCCCUGGCCCAGGCCUGAUUCUAACUCCCAGCCUGGAUACUUUCUCUGUCGCUGGUAUGACAAUCCAGCCACAAAGCAGAUAACCUAGUACCAUUUAAAACUUAGCACUACAUCCUAUGUUAAACACCAGUUUGGUAGUGGUGGAUGUUUAAAAUUAGCCAACUUCUGAAUGGCAGAUUCAAAAUUUAAAUAUAAGUUAUACUGUAAAACAUAUGUUUCCUCUGCUGGCAAUACUGCUGCUUCUCAAAAGAGUAGUGGUCAGAUCUGGAAUAUGUACUGUAAAACACUAACAACUUACACUCAGCUUUCCCAACAAAUGUGUCUUUUUUUGUGGGGCUAAUAAUAUUUUAUUAACAAUUAAGGUUAGUUGUUAAUUGAAGAUAAUAGUUAAAAAAUAUUGAAUUGACAAGCAAUGAUCUCAGUAAAGGUGAAUUCAGAUUUAAAAGAAUCAAUGUGCAGAUAAGUUUAGUUGUAGAGUGACUUUCCCAAUCAUUCCCUUUUGCAAUUUUGUGCUUUGUGAGUGUAACAAUACUACGAACCAAAUAUUAUUACUAUUGUUUUGCUGACUGACAAUGAUCACAACACAGAACUGAUCCAAACUAAAACUUCUGCUCAUUGUAGUGGAAUUAUCUAUUGUCCAAAUACUUCUUUUAUUAUUGUUUUGUAUUAUAUUUGAUUGCACUUGUUUGUCUUUUGAGAAGAAACAUAAUUGAGAAUGCACAAAUCACUUUUAUGCAUUGCUUGUUACAUAGGCCUUGUUUUUGCUUGCAUUACCUGCACUACUAUAUUAUUUUUGUCUAAUGAAUACUGCUACUGUAUGUACAUAUGUCUAUCAAGUGAUAUUAGAUGUCAGUUUAAUCCUCUGGGAAUGCAGUGUUGUAGAUAUAGUGUAAUUUUUGGGGUAUCAUUUCCUGUUUACAAACAUCUUCCCAGCCUUCACCAGCCUCGAGACUUCAUAAGAAAAAUUUUAAAAAAAGGGCACUGUGUGACCAGUCACUCAUUACAUUUACUAAGCAUUUGUUAAAUGUUCUGCAAUAUUAAUACCCUCUGAGAAGUAACCAGAAUAAAAAUAGAUUAUAUAAAAGUGCUCACAGUAAAUGCAUGCUUAAGUUUUAUUUUCCUUUUCAUUGUGCCUUUAACAAUUUUUUUUUAUAUUCUAUUAAACCCAGAAAGGGUUUUAGAACCAAGUUCAAACCAUUCCCAUUCAAACCAGUCCAAAGUGUGUAACACAGCAAUAUCAAUGUUGGUGGUGUAUACUUUUAACUGUGAAGUAAGUGACAUGUAAAUGAGUAAUUUUACUAUUGUGAAUCAUAGUUUGACUGACCCACAAUGUGUAUAUGUGUAGACAUUUCUGUACAGCCUGUCCUCUAUGUUAGAAAUGUCAGUGUGGUUCUCAGUCUUGUAUAGAAGGAGCUAAAAUAAAUACCAUAGUUGAA